AUGACAAGUCCAAAAGAUUACGGUGCGUCUAAUAAAGUUCAAAGAUAUGGAGUAUCGGCUAUAAUUGAAGAGUUUGCCGAGAAUCUAGUGAAAAUAAGUGGAAAGUGUAUGGAUAUCGGUUGCGGUCCUGGAAAUAUAACAAAGGAAUUUUUAUUACCAAGUAUAGACUCAAAUGGACAAAUAAUUGGUAUAGAUAUUUUGGAGAGCAUGAUCAAAUAUGCAAAUGAAUCAUUUGGAGACGAGAAACGGCUUCAAUUCGAUGUAUUGAAUAUUGAAACUAAAACUUUACCUAAGAAAUAUAUUUCUGAAUUUAAUCACAUAUUUUCGUUUUAUACUUUACACUGGUGCAACGAUAUUCGACAAGCUUUAGAAAAUAUUUAUCAAAUGCUACGACAUAAUGGAACUAUUCUUCUGUAUAUAGUAGCAUUUCAUGAUUUAUGUGAAGUUAUCAGAAUUUUGGCGCGGGACACUCGUUUUACAUCAUAUGUACCUGACGCGAUAAAAAAUAUUUAUCCAUAUCAAGAGUCAAAAAAUCCUCGCAAGGAAUUAAAAGAAUUACUUGAAAGUAUCGGAUUUACAGUUCAUCAUUGCAGCCUUCGAGAGGCGACUUAUAGCGAUAAAAAACCAGAACACUUUAUGAAAUAAUAAUAGCAGAAGACAUAACAUUAAAG